AUGGGCAUCCACAUGCAGCGAAUGUAUGACAACCCGUCGCCAGAACAACAGGGAGUGUCAUACCAGCCUCGUGAAAAAGGAUCUGGUCUGGAACAUGCCCUCCUGGAUUCAGGUGUGGGGUUCAAGCUCGACUGGUCCGACGACGGCACCCCAACGACUUGGACACUCCCCGGCCUCGUUUUCGCGGAUGACCUUGUGCUACUGGCCGAAAAUAAGGCGCAACUGCAGCAUCUGGUCGAGACAUCAGCCAACCACCUGAACACUCUAGGCCUGGCCUUCAAUCCGAAGAAGUCAGCGGUGCUCCGGUUCUCUGGUGAUUGUGGCGAGGCUGCUGUGGUACUACCAAAUGGCGAGGAGCUUCCCAGACUGGAGGAAUACCGCUAUCUAGGCGUGAUACUGUCCACCUCAGACAAGCUCAUAGCGGGGCAUGAAACCCACUUGAGACAAGUGGCACAGCGAGCCAACCGCAUACUGCGUCGACAAUGCCUGUGCGGCUGCAGCCGAUACCACAUGGUGCGCGACCUGUGGAAAGCCGUGCAUGUGCCUGGACUUACCUACACUAACUCGGCCAUAUGUCUGUCAGCCCCAACACGGGAUUGGCUGGAACGUGGGCAACGAGAGGUGGGCCGCAUAGCCUUGGGAUGCCAUGGCCGUGUCGCCGUGGAGCCAGGGGGAUGUCGGAUGGUUUUCCUUCGAGGCUCGAGAGGCCAGCAGCAAAAUCUCGUUCGAAUGUCGGCUACGGACCAUGAAUGA